AUGAAACUACUCUCAACUAUUCUGAAAUAUCUUCCAAAAUUAAUUAACAAAUCGUUUCAUGUAGAAUGGUGUUCAAAAAUAAAAUCUGUUCUUCGUGGACAUAUCAUGUGGUUGUUCAAACGAGCUCAGCGGUUAGACCAAGGGCACUGGGGACGUUCUUAUUUGACAAAUGGUCAAUGUAAAGAUAAAAUUUUUCAACUAGAUCAGCAAUGUUAUCCUUUGCUCGAAUUAUGCCAAUAUUACGAUCUCUAUCAAGAAGAAAAAGGAGAUUGUAUAGAAUUAGUGAACAUGUUUGUUAACCAAAUAGAUGAAGUUUUAACAACAAUUCUUGCCUGUAAACAUCCUGAAAAAUGGAUUUUUUCUACAGAUGAAACACCCGGCGAUGAUCCUGUACAAUAUCCGUAUCAUUUUUCAUCACAAAUACUUUUAUGGUAUACAUUAAAACAACUUGAACAAAGAAAAUUUGUAAAAAGCUUUGAUCUGACAUAUUGGAUAGAAAAUUUGUAUCGUGAUUGCUUAGAAUGUUUUCGUACUAAUCAUCCCGAAAAUCAGAAUAAAUUUCUUUUUGCAUAUGUAGCUGAUAAUCAAAAUUCAUAUCAUCACUUUUAUCAUGAUGCAAAUGAUUUACCAACUGUAUAUGCUCCGCUUUGGCAAUUUUGCUCGCAUGACGAUGAAGCAUGGUUGAAUACAAUGGAAUUUGCAUUUUCUCCACUAAACAAGGAUGGAUUUUAUGUCGUUGGAUUAGGUUCUGUACAUACUCGACAUCCAUGGCCAUUGGGUGAUGCUCAAGAACUCUUAUACGCUCAUUUAAUUAAUGAUGAAACUCGACAACGAAGACUAUUAAAUCGUUUAACCAACCAGAUUAUUCAAUGGGAUGGUUUGUAUUCAGAAGCUGUAGAUGAAAAUGAUCACAAGGUUACAUCAAGACAUUGGUUCUCAUGGCCAGGCGCAGUUAUUAGUAUAAUGUUCUUAAACUACUACUUUUGA